AUGACUUCUGAACAGGAGAAGAAACGCAAAGAUGCACCGCCCGUGAGCGACGACGAAGUAGGAAUCAAAGUCCUGCGCGAAGCACUAGAGGAUGCCUUGUAUCCGAUUGAUAUCGUUGCAGCCCAUGGCUUGGGCGCACAUCCGGAUCAUACCUGGACCAAGACAACCACCACAAACAGUGUGGAAGAAGAGAUUAACUGGUUGGUCACAGAGCCAUUCUUACCUUUAAUCGCGAAAGAAGCGCGCAUUAUGCGCUUUGGUUACAAGUCUGCUUGGUUUGGCAAGACUGCUAUGGACACUAGUGUGAGAGACAUAGCGGGAAGAUUGCUUAAAUUGCUAGGCAGAAAGCGAAAGGUAUUGUACACCUUGUUGCUACAACACGUGACUUAUAAGAGAGAUGCUGAAGCCCUAAGGACUUUCCUUAUCGUCCUCUCGUAUUCAUUGCUCAUUGCUUUGGAGGACUUGUUGUCCUGA